AUGAAGACGUUUCCUCCCUCCAACACCUUUUAUUGGUACAAGAAUGAAGACGUUUCCUCGUACCGAGGUGGCUUGGAGCUGUGGAACCAUCAUCAUCAUCAUCACCAACCGAAACACGACCUCAUACUUCAAGAAAGGCCUCUCUUCUACCAAGAUCUUUACAACUCUGUGGCUGCUCUAGGAGUGGGUCCAACCACUGUAUCCAACGAUCAGUCACCCUCGAGAUCGGCUUUCCUGGUGACGGCGUCGGUCGUGGAGAGCGGAGCAGCAAGUGGAGCAGGAAGUGGAGCAGGUGGGAUUAGCUGCCAGGACUGCGGGAACCAGGCGAAGAAGGAUUGCCCUCACAUGCGGUGCAGGACAUGCUGCAAGAGCCAUGGCUUUGAUUGCCAAACACAUGUGAAGAGUACUUGGGUUCCCGCUUCAAAGCACCGCGAGAGGCAGCAUCAACUCGCCUCUAUCCAACAACAAUAG